CUGUUUAUUGACUAUCUCAGCUCCAAAGAUGUUCAAAAAAUUAAAUUCUUUGAUGAAGCAGGGAUAAAAAUCCCAAAUGUCGGAACACGCUUAUAUGGAAAUUCUCCAAUCGGCGAAAGAUGCGUGGAAGUUGUACGAAAAAAAGAGAACCCAAACACAACUUUAAAUAUGUUAGUAUUCCUUAAUGGAGUUGAAUACUUCAACCUUAUUGAUGGGGCGACAAAUACUGCGGAAUUUUUUAACUUUUUUGAUGAGGCUGCAGAUGCCACAGACCUGACUACACUACGCCCUGUUUUGGAAAUUGGAGACAUAAUUGUGAUGGACAACCUAAUUGUGCAUCACUAUGAUGGCGGAGAGAUUCUAGAAGAUUUUCUAGCAGAUGCCGGAAUUGAACUUCUUUAUACGCUUGUAUACUCCCCGGACCUUAACCCAAUAGAAAUGUGCUUUAACAAAGUAAAGACGUCGUUAAACCAUGAGUAUAAUGAUUUAGUUCACAAUAAUGUCAAGUUGGCUGGCUCAUAUGCAGUUGAAACUAUUACAAGGGAUGACAUGCGAGGAUUUUACAAUCAUACAUCUUAUCUAUUUAGCGUUUAA